AUGGCAGAUCGCUUUCCAGCCCAACCUCGCUCCGAACUGGACGCUUCAACCCAACCAUUCUACGAUCGCUUCUCCGAAACGGCCGAUGCAAUGUUUGAAGAAGGCAAAAAGCCCAUGUUCAUCACCAAACGCCCCUCGGAUGGUGCUCUAGUCGGCCCCUUUCCAUUCUUCCUGGAGCAGCCCGAGUCGGGCGACGCCAUCUUCAACUUGUACGGCAAAAUCGCGCAGAUCCCCGGCUUACCACCCGACGCCCGGGAAGUGAUCAUUCUCGCGGUCGGAGCCAAGUUCAAGUCGGCGUACGAGCUGUACGCGCAUGUGAACGUUGCUGUCAAGAAGACUGGGAUUCCACAGCACGUUGCGGAUGCCAUUGCGAGAGGAGAGAGGCCGGAUGACCUCAAGGAGGACUUGCGUGUUGCCUAUGAUGCUGCAAGCUACCUGGCUGGAACCCCUGGUGCGUUGCCGCAGGAGCUCUGGGACCAGUGUAUCAAGACUUUUGGCAAAGAUGGCACGAUCAAGCUUGUGCAUUAUGCGGGCUCGUAUGCCUACACCUGCAUUGUACUGAAUGCGAUCGAUGCGAGCGUGCCGAAAGAGAGCGAUUAG